AUGGAAGCUAACCUAGAAAAGCAUGCUAGAUUAGUCAAAACGUUAUCCGAAUUUGAUUUAGUUGACAUUGGGGAUAGAGUAAAUGAAACGACAGAUGAUCUUAAGGAUGUCAAAAAUAUAUUAGUGACAGGAGGCGCAGGCUUUAUUGGUUCGUUCCUCGUCAGGAAGCUGGUUGUGCUCUAUCCUGAAUAUCAUAUUUACGUUAUAGACAAGCUUGAUUAUUGCGGGUCUCUGCAUAAUUUAAAGGCCAUUAAAGAAUUUCCAAACUAUACUUUUGUCAGGGGCGAUAUUACCUCAGUGGAUUUUAUUUCCUUCUUUUUGAAAGAAAAGAAGAUAGAUGUCAUUUUUCACUUAGCAGCUCAGACUCAUGUUGACAAUUCUUUUGGAGACUCAUUUGAAUUCACAACCAACAAUGUGAUGGGAACACACGUUUUAUUAGAAGCAGCAAAAAUGAAUCAAAUCAAAAGGUUCAUUCAUGUCAGUACGGACGAAGUAUAUGGGGAAGUUGUGAAUGGACCUGAUUGUCGAGAAGAUAGUAUAUUAUCACCCACCAACCCUUAUUCAGCGACAAAAGCAGCUGCAGAAUGUCUCGUCAAAGCGUAUCAUAAAUCAUUUGGGUUACCUAUCACCAUUACUCGUUCUAAUAAUGUAUACGGGCCUUAUCAAUUUCCGGAAAAAAUUACUUCCAAAUUUAUUUGCAGUAUGCUUAAAGGCAAAAAAUGUUAUAUUCAUGGUGAUGGACAAAAUUCUCGAAAGUAUCUGUAUGCUGCUGAUGUAGUCAAUGCUUUAGAUAUAAUCUUCCAUAAAGGUUCAAUAGGCGAAACGUACAAUAUUGGAUCACCAUCAGAAAUAACGAACCUUGAAAUGGCAAGAAGAAUCAUUCUGCUAUUCGGACAUAAAGAAGAAGAGAUACCGGAACAUAUUGAAUUUGUGAGAGAUAGAGCUUUUAAUGAUAAAAGAUACGCCAUAGAUUGCACAAAGUUAGAAAAGUUGGGCUGGGCACCCAAGGUGGAAUUUAACGAAGGACUGAUAAAGACAAUUGAAUGGUAUCGACAAUGCACUGAUACCUGGUGGGGAGACGACAUCUCAAGUGCUCUAAUACCGCAUCCCUUUAAAGUUAUUCCUUCUUACGAUGUUUGUAACAUAUAA